AUGCAGCGCGCACCUCUCCCACACCCUAACAGCCUCGCCUCGCUCCUCUCCUCAUGGCAUCUGACCGAAUCGCCUGUCAAGGACAAGUCCCGGCCCCCCAAGCCGCUAUUCAACUACGCACUGGACGCUGAAGACUUUGACCUCGUGCUCCGUCCGAAGGAUCUCCCACGUAGCAUCAUUCUCGACCGCGAACUUAUCCCCUCGACCUGGGCAUCCUUCACGUCCUUCCUCGAACGCAACGCUCUGCCGUCCUACUACGCCGACUCGUCUCUCUUGUCAUCCCCCGAUGUCCCGUCCACCUUUCUCGGCAGGAUCUGGGACCUGCGCGAAAGUUGGCAGCGGGAGCUGGUCUCGAAGGACUCGGACGGCGCGUUCCACUGGUCCUCCGUGCGCGGCAUCACCGUUGCAUGGGUAAGAGCGCUUGACCUCGUGCUGCCUGCGAGGGUGCGAGCGGGACAGGCUGCGCAGGGAGUAGGACUUGCGGUCAAGAAGCGACAGGCGGACGCGCAGGGCGACGAGGUCCUGUACCGGACGCGAGCAGAUGGCGUCUUUUACAAGCAGGGAUCGAUUCUCAUCGUCGUUGGGAACGAGCAUCCGCAGGCGAGCUGGCCACCCGACUCGCAGGUUCCGCCCGUGGAGGAUAAAUCGGAAGAUGGCGUCUACCGGAGGUUGAUCAACUGCUUUCUCGACAAAAAUACUGUCCUCACAGGUCGAGAGUUCUUCGAGCUCACCUCCCAGUGGGACAAGGAGGUCUUCGCUCUCCUCUCGAAGAUUGUCGUUGCGUGUGUCAGUCGCUCAUGCCGCUACUUCGUCCUCAACGAUCCUCUCAACAUGAUCCUCGGCGUCCUUGUCCCCAUCAACGAUCCGCACGAAGAGAUCGGCAAAAGCGACUUCGACGUCCUCCUCUCGCCGCUCAUUCCUUUGACCUCGGCUACACCGCCGAUUCCGCAGCUUCUUGCGGGUCUCUACUACGAUCAGACGACGCUGCAGAUGCUGCACUCGGACCACGUCGAAGCGCUCGUCCUUCAGCACGACCGCCAGGCCGCAGUCGAGUCGGGCACGGCGCACGCUCCGGCGGGACCGACAGGCCGCCAGACCCACGGCAUGCUGAGAGUCGCGCCAGCGAAGAGCACACCUCGACUUCGGAGCAGCGUCGAGGAAGGACGGCAGGCUGUCGACUUGGCACAGCUUUCUCAGUCCUCGACCUUCUUCCUUGUCUACCCUGAUGGCGCAAUGCCAAACAACCCUCUCCUCCGCCGCAUCCCCAUUCCGCUCGUCGCACCCUCGGAAACCGAAAUCUCUCCUGGUGAAGAGAUACCGCUCAUCUUGCACAUCUACGAAUGGAUCGGCAGCGGCGCGGCGUCUCAUGUUUACCAAGCACUGACAGUCGGUCCCGAAGAGGCGUCUUAUGCGAUCAAGGUUGCCCGCCGAACACCCGACAACGAGUUUGUCAGCUUCGUUCGCGAAGCAACCUUGCUCGAGCGCCUUAAAGACGCCGCUUGGGUCUGUCAUGUCUACGCUUGCCUCGAAGGAGCGGAUCGGAAGUGCCCGAGUGUGCUAUUGAUGGAGUAUGGCGGCGAGGCGAUCGAGAACUGGGACGAGCUGUCGCGCGACGAGCGACUCGAGCUCUACUGGAACGUUGUCACGCUCCAUCCGCAGUACAACCUCUUGCACGACGACCUUCGACCACAGAACGUCGUCGUCGACCCGCCUCCGUUUGAGACCUUGCCGGAGAACCUCAAGCGUCGCGUCAGGCUCAUCGACUUUGUCUGGGCGUUGGAGCACCAGUGCGAGGGAGAGGAUACUUGCGCGGAACUCCAGGUCUUCCGGCGCGACCUCGGGCUUUGA